GUCACAUCUCUAAUCAAAUACCAUCACGUCGAAAUACAGUAAAAUUCUGUUGGUAAACAUAAGCAAAAUUAAGGCUGGCAAUUAAUGCGGCAGCAUGCAACCAGUUGAUUACAAAUUUGCAAGCAUAGUCAACCUGGCCGAAAGCCUGCUGAAUAGAUUUGGGGCCGAUUCGCAUAGAUAAGCGAGUAACAAGCAUCUACAGCUGCUGUUGAGUCAUCAUCUUUUAGCCAAAUAAGCCAAAAAACAAGGCGAACAGCCGUUGGCCAGCUAGUGAUAGAGCCCCAGGUGAGCCACAGGUGAGAGGCGUUGUCUUCGCUGGGGAUGGCGUAAGCUGAUCCAACGAACCACCACCAGCCAGCAAAGUAUAAUCAGCACACACACACUUGCCCACACCCAGCGACUCAAAAACCCCAAAACCAACCCAUUUUUGGCAACAUCCCCAAUGGAGGACUACAAGUUCCUGUUCAAAAUCGUCCUGGUGGGCAAUGCUGGUGUUGGAAAAACAUGCCUAGUGCGCCGCUUUACUCAGGGUCUAUUUCCACCUGGCCAGGGUGCCACCAUUGGUGUGGAUUUCAUGAUUAAGACCGUGGAGGUGGAGGGCGAGAAGAUCAAGCUACAAAUCUGGGACACCGCCGGCCAGGAGCGGUUCCGAUCCAUCACGCAAAGCUACUAUCGAUCGGCUCACGCCUUGAUCCUGGUGUACGACAUCAGCUGCCAGCCCACAUUUGACUGCCUGCCGGACUGGCUGCGCGAGAUCCAGGAGUAUGCCAACUCCAAGGUACUCAAAAUCCUGGUGGGUAACAAGACGGACAGGGAUGAUCGAGAGAUACCCACCCAGAUUGGCGAAGAGUUCGCCAAGCAGCAUGACAUGUACUUCUUGGAGACAUCCGCCAAGGAGGCAGAGAAUGUAGAGCGUCUGUUCUACGAGAUUGCCGCCGAAUUGAUUGGUCAGGCAAGGAGCAAGGAUGGCAGUAGUUCGGCCGCAGCGGCAGCCGCCCAGCGUCAGUCGGAGGGCAGCUCCAUCGGACUGGGGAGCUUCAGUGCCAAGGCAGCGCAGAGCAAUUGCUGUGGCGGACUCGCCAGCGGCGGCUCCAACUCUAGUCAAGGCGGCUGAGCAGCUGCAAACUGAACUGGAAGCUGAGCAGCUAAUCUGUAACUUGUUAAGGACUAAUCGUGAUAUUCCAUUUAUCUUUUAUUACCACAAUGCUCCCACAUUCUAACACAUACAUACAUAUGUUAAAUUUUGUUUUUAUAAGCAUGAUUAUGACGUGAUCGUUUGCCUUUGUCUUUGUAACGAUUCCUAUUAGAUUGUUAAAACACAUCGGCUUCAAAUACCUUUAAAUGUAAAGGUAUUUAGAGCAAUUCUCUUCGCUUUCACUAAACUACGAUAACAACAAACAUUUAAAGUACAAUGUGCAAACGGAUCUGGAAACUGUGCAGCUAAUCUGUUAUCUGUUAUCGUGAUAUUCUGUUCAUGCUUAAGGGUUUAUUAUUUUAAUUACAAGACUAAAAAAAUUGAUUAUUUCUGUAUCCCCUUUGGUUUACAGAAAGAAAUUGAUUGUAAAAACUAAUUUACUAUUUAUCACGAUUAAGAUCCUAUGGGAAACUAGCUGUCAAUGACUAAGGAUGCUAAAUAUUUGUGUUACAAGAACUCCAUUGGAGGUGUUUAAGACCGCCUGAUUUUCUUGAUUUGUAUUAUAUAGACGUAUGUAUUGAUCUGAUUAUGGAUCGUUUACCAAGUGAGCAUCACAGCCAAUGCUACGAAGAAUUUAUGAUAUCAAAAAUGCUAGACUCACCAUUUAGUUUAUUUCAAUUAAUUCCCAAGGAGUAUUGCAUGUUUUAUACAUUACAUUUUUUGUAUACAUACACAAUUUAUGCAUAUUUAUUUGCAAUUAUUUUUACAUAUUUUUACGAUUAAUGUGCAAUCUUUGGUAAUGCAAUUUUUAAAUGAUAUUCGUAAUAGUGUUUAAGGUGAUUUUAUGACAUUCCAAAAAUUAAGAAUUAGAAACUAUGAAUAGACCAGAAAGCUGAAUAAAAAAUAAACUAAAUACAAGU